GCAGCAUGCCGGAAGUUGUAGUUUGUUGUGGCUGUCCCGGCUGUUAGGUAACUUGCUCGUGUCUCCGUGCUGCUCGGGAACAUUAUCGUGUGGUUGGACCUGGAGUUGUUGUGACUUCCCUCAAAUCCCCCACAAGCUCAUGCUGACCUCGCCCCGUGUCUUCACCUCCCGGAUAGUUCUCUUCCAGCUGUUAAGCCGUACAUUUAUGGGAGACAUGAGUUCUAAAACCCAGUUACCCAGCCAGGGUGAAGCUCUGACGGGCAGAUCUGAGGAGAUGCGAUGUUCAGUUAAACACCAUGUCAAUGGCAAUUCCUUGGUUGAACCAUUUCCUGAAGGGACGCAGAUGGCAAUAUUUGGCAUGGGCUGCUUCUGGGGGGCAGAAAGAAAGUUCUGGAAGCAGAAUGGAGUCUACUCUACUCAGGUCGGUUUUGCUGGAGGUCAUACUCCCAACCCUACUUAUCAAGAAGUCUGUACAGGAAAAACAGGCCAUACAGAAGUGGUUCGAGUCGUCUACGAGCCGGAGAAGAUCAGCUAUGACAAAUUACUGAAGGUCUUCUGGGAGAAUCAUAACCCAACACAAGGGAUGCGUCAGGGUAACGAUGUAGGAACCAUGUAUCGCUCUGCUAUCUAUACGUAUACCAAGGAACAGAUGGACGCUGCCUUGAAAUCCAAAGAAGAUUACCAAAAGGAGUUGACUGCAAAUGGAUUUGGAAACAUCACCACAGAAAUCCGUGAAGAAACCAACUUCUACUAUGCAGAAGAUUAUCACCAGCAGUAUCUCAGCAAAGUGCCCAAUGGCUACUGUGGACUGGGCGGCACUGGAGUCUCCUGCCCAGUCGGCCUUAAAUAAAUAUUAAACUGGAUACCCUCCACCCAAAUAUCUUUAGACUCAGGAUGAUAUUAUGAUAUAGCGUUUUUUGAUUAUCUCAAUCUUUCUUAUGCUCUUGGCUUUAAUAUGCAUAGUUUCUGGCAUACACCAUAUAGUACUUGACCAUCCUUCCUUUCUUAAGUGAAAUAUAUCACCUUAGGGCAGGGGUGACAUGGUAACAAUGGUCAUGCAGAGUCCUACCUGUACAUUUUACUUGUGAUGGGACAAACUACUGUUUUUGUCAUGGCCAUAAAAACCUGUACCACAGUGCAACCCUUGGUGCCCAAACCAGUUAACCCCAAUGGGGAAACCAUACAGUAGUCUGCAUUGUUGGUGUUACCCAUCAGAUACUUAGCAUGCAUCUUUGCUUUACCUUUUAGCCAAGCUUUCCUGUCUCAUGAGCAAGGAAAACCAAUUUGCAAAA